GGUAAGGAAGAAAGUUAAAGCUAGGUUAGCGCGGGGAACACCGUUCUUCCAGCCGUAUCGCCAUCUCCAGCGCUCAAAUCAACAGCCGUGUCUUCCUCACGAUGGGGAACGCUGCAACAGCCAAGAAAGGCAACGAGCUGGAGAGCGUGAAAGAGUUUCUAUGCAUGGCCAAAGAAGAUUUUCUAAGAAAAUGGGAAUGUCCGCCACAGUCUACAACUGGCCUAGAUGACUUUGACAGACUGAAAACGCUGGGCACUGGCUCCUUUGGCAGAGUUAUGCUAGUAAAACUCAAAGGAUCAGAGCAGUUUUACGCCAUGAAAAUCCUGGACAAGCAGAAGGUGGUGAAACUCAAACAAGUCGAACACACACUCAACGAGAAGAGAAUAUUGCAAGCCGUCUCUUUUCCCUUUCUUGUGAGACUGGAGUUUGCUUUCAAGGACAACUCCAACUUGUAUAUGGUGAUGGAAUAUGUACCAGGAGGAGAGAUGUUCUCACAUCUUCGAAGAAUUGGCAGGUUCAGUGAACCACACGCACGAUUUUAUGCAGCGCAAAUAGUCCUGACCUUCGAGUACCUCCACUCAUUAGACCUCAUCUACAGAGAUCUGAAGCCAGAGAAUCUACUGAUUGACCAGCAUGGCUACAUCCAGGUAACAGACUUCGGCUUUGCCAAAAGAGUGAAGGGCAGAACUUGGACAUUGUGCGGUACCCCUGAGUACCUGGCACCGGAGAUCAUCCUUAGCAAGGGCUACAACAAAGCUGUGGACUGGUGGGCGCUUGGGGUACUAAUUUAUGAAAUGGCAGCUGGCUACCCCCCAUUUUUCGCUGAUCAGCCCAUCCAGAUCUACGAGAAAAUUGUGUCUGGAAAGGUACGGUUCCCAUCCCAUUUCAGCUCAGAUCUGAAAGAUCUGCUGAGGAAUUUGCUGCAGGUAGACCUUACCAAGCGUUACGGAAACCUGAAAAAUGGAGUGAACGACAUAAAAAACCACAAGUGGUUUGCCACAACAGAUUGGAUCGCCAUCUACGAGAGAAAGGUGGAGGCUCCUUUCAUACCAAAGUGCAGAGGCCCCGGAGACACAAGCAACUUCGACGACUACGAGGAAGAGGACUUCCGCCUAUCUCUGACGGAAAAAUGUGCGAAAGAGUUUGCAGAGUUUUAGUGUGUGAGAACAUGGGUACAUCAGGGCUAAUAUGUAGAUUAACAACACAAGGAAAAAAGGGGGAUCUUUGCACUCUAAAGACAUGGGGGUGGAGCCACGACCACAACAUCAUUUGAAAAAUUCUUGAGUAGUUCCUUCAUUCCACAUGGCAAACAGGAGGUCACCGUGAUCCUCGUGCCCAGCAGGCACUAAAGCGUUAUACACUGGCACAGUAAAGCAGACACAUCACUUUUUCAUUUGGACCCCUCCUUCCCAGCCCAGCCCUGCCCUGCCCUGCCCUGCCCUGCCCUGCCCCGCCUCUACACCACCCACCCCUCGCCCGGGUUAAUCAGCUUGGAAGCAGUCUUUGUUGUGUUGGAUGUUGUGUUCCCAAAAAAUGGUGGUAUUAAAGAGAGUAAAAUCUGGGAGAGAGGAGUAAAAAAAGACUUUAAAUAAAAAUGCAGAAUAUGAGACAUAGGCCAACUUAACAUCGCUAUGUGUCAAGACAGUGUAACUUAUAAGCCUAAUGUUCCUGGCAGUACCACACUGGUUUGUGUGACUUGAAAGAAAGGUGUUGCCUCCAGUUCUUGACAAUUUUGUCUGUUACGCAUCAGUUCUUUUCUUUUUUUCUUUUUCUUUUUAAAAAAAAAAAUAUUUUUUAAGUACUAUUGAGAGGAAAAAACUCAUACCUCAGAUUAGACCACUGAUGAUUUUUUGGCCAGCCUUCAGUAGUAUUUUUUUUCUGUGCAUAUCUAUGUGUUCAAUGUAGUAUGUUUUUAAUACGAAAGCAAAAGACCACGAGUGUUUAAAGCAUGACCAAAAGGAGAGCAAAGUGGAUGGCAGAAGAGGAGUGCCUUAGAGCUUCCUCUGUAUUUGCCUUAGCAACUCAGUACCACCAAACCCAGAGAGCGUUCAUCCUCCAGCCUCCUGUCACUAACAAUCUCAGCUUGUUAAUCGCAGUGAAAGGCUAGCUACAAUGGGGAGAUAAGAAAAGGCAACAUUUCAACCCGAAAUGUACCCCCGGCAGUUCAAGCAGCCAAAUUCUAUUUAAAGCACAAUGGUGUUUGGCGGCAGCAGUGACCUAAUAAAAAUUCAGGUGUAUGAAUUUUGUGGAUUUGGCCCCAGUAUGUGGACAUGCAUUGUUACAUUUAACUAUUUAGUGUUUCAUUUAAAUACUGCAAAAACUAACCUUGUUGAAAGGGGGGGAAUGUCCACCUGUGGGAAUAGCUUUUAGAAAACCCUAUGUCACUUACCGUAAUUCACACUCUCCAAACAUUUUUUUUUCAAGCCUUCAUACAACACUGAGGUGUAACAUGUUUGGAGAGAAGCAAUUGGCCCAUGGUGCCAGAUCUAAGGAUUGCUUACUACAGGCCUGAUUAUGUCUUUCCUUUUCAUUUCAAGCUGUUGGAUUCAUGCCGUUUUGCAAAGUUUGCAAUGACAGAAGUUGUAAAACUGCCAAAAAUUCCAAACUUUCCCCAUUCUUGCAAUUGACCCAUCUUGUUUUAAAUUUUUAUGACCGAAUGUAGAGUUGCAGCUCAUAGGUAUGCAUAUUGUUUUUAACUGCUUUAUUUUCAAGGUACAUUCACAGAUUCAAACCCACACACUUAUGAGAAGGAAGUGACGUAGAUGAAAAACAAGCUGAGGUUUGUUAACCUCUGCUCCUUUCUAUCACAUAUAAUCCAGUUAUUGUUCAGCUCAUAAUACAAUGCAUAUAUGCAUUGUUUCUUAUAUAUGUUUUUAUUUAUACACAUUAGAGAGAUGCUAAUACAUUUUAUUUUUAAAAUUGCAUAGUUCUUGCUUUACUUUGGAUUUUUUUUUUUUUAUUAUUGUUGCUGUGAGACCGGACAGAUUUUGCUUUGCAUUUCUUUUCUUUUUUUGUUUGUUUUGUUUUGUUUGUUUUUUAAAAUGUGUGUUUAUGUCCAUCACAAAAUAUACUAGUGUUCUUACUGCGAAGGACUUAUCAGUCUACAUUGAGGCCACUGGACAAUUUGAAUGAAAAGUCCCCUGUAACUUUUCACUGAAGAUGACAAUUACUUUUUUGCUUGUUUUGAAGGUUUUCUCACGUUCAUUACACAACUGUUGUGUCAUUAGGCCAAUAUUGGGGCAUUUUUCGUCCACCAUUGUUAAAAUGAUAUGUCAAAUUCUUUUCUGUAGCAGAUUUUACGUAAGUACAUAUUAUAUAUAUAAAUAUAUAAAUAUACAUAUAUAGUCACCUUAAUAAACAAAUGAACCUUUGUAUUAAAAUGUCACAAUUUUUAUAUUUAAUUUUGACUUGAAGAGGAUAUGAUGUGUGCUAGCUGUAUGCAAUACAGACCUACAGUUACUGCUGUUGUUUGAGAUUUUAAUAAAUGCUGAAGAUCACA